AUGGAAUCCACACCGACCCCAACUCCGACGGAUUCUACCACGACCACCGCUGCGGUCAAGCGGAAGAGGAGCCCCUCGGUCGGCGCACCAUCUGCUGCAACGUCUGCGCCUGCCGCCAAAUCAGCCAAGACAAGCAGCCAGAUGAGCAUUAAUUACCUCGCCCGCCAGUCCGCCGAAGACCUUCCACUCAUCACCAAAGACGACACGCUGCAAGGCCUGCUGCAUCUGCUUUCCGCCUAUGGCACCAUCCUCGACCGCCACGAGUCUCUGGCGUCAAAUCUGGGUGCCCGUCCUUUGGGUCCAAUCCUCAUCAAACGCUUCGAGCGGUGCUUCGAGUCUCCGCCAAAGGUCGUAGCCUCCCACCAUAAGAAUGCUAGCAGCAACUCCCCCGAAGACACAACUCAACAAAUUACCUGGCUGGAAGUAAUUGAGUUCGCCCGCUCGCACCCUGGUCAAUUCACCCUGAGCACGUUCUCGGAAGGCAAACGCGUCUGUCAAUUCUAUUAUCCGCAAAAGCAGCUACGAGUGCAGAUCAGCGAAGAGGACUUCCUCUUCAUAAACAGUGGACGAUGCCAAGAAUUGAUACCACCCUUGCCGAUUUGGGAGGACGAAGAGAAGGAGGUUGCGACUUGCGACGUGUUGGAAGCGAAGCUCAGGGAGCUCACCAACGCAGCGGACAUGGUAGCGGCGCGCACAAGACAGCUCAGUCACCGUCUCAAGGGACGCCGAGCUGCCAUACUCGAGAGACGCGCUGAAGGUGGCAGUGGCACGCCAGCGAAAGCAAAUGCUAUAUUGACAAGCAAUGCACCUCACACGGCAACCGCCGACUCUUCGAACGGAUUCGUAGCUGUCAACACUGUCAGUGCUGCCGGUGCUGCCAGUGCCGCCACUCCUGGGAAUUCCGCCGCCUCUGCUAACACCUUGACGAAUGGCCGAACUGCCACGGGAGAGACGAUUGAGCCGACUCGUGUUCUCGCUUCAUCGGCUGCUGUUCGCAAUGAUUUGCUGCGCCAUUUUGRGAGCUUGCCGCACAAUCAAACACAGGGCAGGGUACAGCUGCGCCAUAUUGUAGACCAUCACAGCCAUACACAAAGGCACAGUGACUCCGCUCAACAAGGACAAGAGGGUACAGGAUCCAACGCUUCGUCAUUAUCUCCCACACCAUACAAUCUGCUAGCGAACGAGACGCUGUCUUAUUCGACUUCCAACUCCGCGGCACCAACUCGUACAUUUCCGAGCAAUUCUGCCGCAUCACACAGACCUUCAUCCAGCACUGGUGGCAAUCCAUACACCUCUGGACAUGCGCCCUCGAAGCACAAUUUCAGCCGUCCUCUUCCAGCUGCCCUCGAGAGCACUCAACCGUUUAGGCCACUCUGUCAAGCUCACAUGGACGCACUUCCACGCGGCGAUCGAGUUCUUCCGCCAUGUGACAGGUGUCGCCGCCUUCGCAUGGAUUGCAUCAAGAACCUGACAUCGUGCGCGGGCUGCACGAGGAAACAUGCGCGCUGUCAUUGGCGCGAGGUGUCUCGCRACGAGCUAGGCGCUCUCGACCAUCUCAUGGAUGCGGCCUACCCCGAAUCGGGAUACUCCCCGUCCCAUACGAAUGGCUACGCAAACGGCAACCCUGACAUCGACGAUGAAAGUGACGACGAUGACGCCAAUCCCUUGGAGGACUUAGAAGCCCYUGGAGAUAUUGAGGAACAGGAAAAUCAAAUCCGUGAGGAUGAAGAAGGCUUGCGGAAUGCGCGGGAGCUGGCCCGGCAGGGCUGGGAGGGCAGUAAUACUGUUGAAAAGGGGGUUGAGGUAGUGAAUGGGACCACCGAGCAUUCAACAGCACAUCAGGCUGGAGAGGAGGAGGCGGGAGGUAGAGCCGAGCCUGGAAAGCUGGUAGAGGAGAUGCAAUCGUCCACCAUCGUUCCCAGCCAUGACAUCGUUCAGCAGGUAAAUUCUGCCAAGGACGUGCCUCCAGAGCAAGAUACUGCCAAGCCUAUCCUUCAAGCCGGCUUCCAGGCAGUCAAUGGCGCGAUGCCUCAGCGCUCGCACGGUUCGGAGUAA